AUGGUAACUGGACACUUCCUCCUCCCAUUAGAUGCUAAUCAGUCGGUGCACAUAGCCGUCAUCCAUCUCUCCGAGCUGGGCAAAACUGUUCUGGCACUGCAUCUCUUCCUCGCCUAUCGUUCGGGUGUCAUUAGCAGCAGUCUGGUGCGUGGAGUGCGACAGGAGGGCAAUCAAUUGGUCUACCUCAACCGCCUCAGUUUUGUCUUUCAUCGCGGUCUCGUUGAGUCCGUGGCCGAGUGGAACCAACUCAUUAAUCAGUUGAAGAAACAGCCUGAAUUUGUGGGCUUUGACGAUGUGGUCACUUCAAAGCUGUGCAGUUGGGUUUUGGAGGAAACAGUGAGGUUUUGCAAUCAGCUUAAGGUCAUUCUCAUCGACAGUCGAUCAAUCUCCUUCUAUGCAAUGGCUUGUGCCAGUGAACGGAUUCAUGCUCACGCUAAAAAAACAACCGAAUUAAUAGGAGUCGAUGUCAAAUCGACGGUGGACAAUUGUUUGGUAAAAUCUUGGCAACGAGCAGUUGAGGAGCAAGGUCGAGUGUACAGGGAUGCAGUGGAGCACCGAGCAUCCAAGGAGAACUGGCAACCCACAGACAAUAGCGAUGCCAACAUCAAGACAAUGGCAGAGGCGGGCUUUCCUGAAGUCAAACAAAGUCUGAAUGGCGGCAGAGGCGUCCUGGCCUCCUUCACCACACAGACGACGCGCUCAUUGUCGCAAUUUGCGCAUGCUUGUGCACGCUUCGACUGCGUGGAGUUGCGCGAAUGCUUUGCCACCACUUUGGCCAACAUGCUGCAGUGCGAUCUGGACGUCUACUCGCGAGCACUACGGGCGGCCAAAACUCCAGAGGAGGUUGAUUUUCAGCGUUUUUAA